AGGAUCGUUAACCCAAUCAUACUUCUCCAUGAAAGGGUUGACCAAUAUUUUGGGAGGGUAAGAAUGGAUGCAAUCUUCCCAAACAUUGGGAUCCCGGAGUCCUUCACCACCUCCCAAACACAAUUGUUGCAUUUGAAGCCUGCCCCAAGGCUCACCAUUAGUAUUCUGUCACCUUUUUUCAACCUCUUCUUGGCCUCCAUGUACCCGAGAACGUACCACAGCCCGCCCGCAGACGUGUCACCCCACCGGUGCAACGACAUCCUCGUCGGCUCUAAGUCGUACUCGCUCAGCCCCAGGCUCGCUCCCACGCCGUCUAUCACCGCCCGCCCGCCCGGGUGCAGGCAGAAAUGCUCGAUCCCGGUUUUCAUGUUGACGACACCUGUCAUUGCACGCAUCGGACAUUUCUUGCUUCCAUGUGUUUUCACCUGCUGUUUCGAUCUCUUUGCUAUUGUGCCUGCAGCCGUGUUUGAAUUUUUUGGAGCCCCAAUACAGUUGGCCGUGAGGAAAUGUGCAGAGAGGUUUCCUCUAUUUCAAGAGUACAUCACUAUAACGGCUAAGCAUGCAGAAAGGUCUGAGGAUUCGAUGAUAGGCGCGAUGGGCGAUGCUGGGGUCCUACUUGCGGGCUAUGGUAUUUACAAGGUCAUUGAUUAUCGUCAUGAGAAAGAAUUCUUGAAGCGUUCUGCAGAGAGGGAGAGGAGAAUGGAAUGCUUGAAGGCUGGAUGGACCAGUGAAUAAGAUGUGUGUGCAGUCCGUGCCUUGCUCAAAAACGACUUGUGUUGUUUGUUUGUUAUAGAUAAGUUUGUAUUUAGAGUAGAAGCAUUCAAUUCCCUUAAAAAUGAGCUAUACGCCAUCAGAAAGCAAAAUUAGCCUCCAUGGAACACAUUCCAAAAAAGAAAUUCAAAAUCUAGCUUUAAUAAAAACUGAAGAUGACUUUAAUACUCAUAAGAAAAUAUAUGUGAUAGAAGGGGAAAUAUAUUUUACUACAUGGAGUUCUCUAAAUUUGCCUUCAAAGAGCAUGUUAGCAUCAAUGUUUCUCUACAGAAUCUUUAAGUCUUCAAUUACCUCAACAACCUUUGCUGGAAAACAACCAUUCUGCAACCACUAUUUUAAACCUCUGGUAUGUGUUCCUUUACAAUGGCAGGACAAAACAUUACAUGCCAAUUAUAUAUAUUCAAGAAAAAAUGGAGGUAAUCAAGUACAACAAUAUUGUUGUAUAUUCAUUUGUCCUAUUUAGGAAAGGAGUUAAGCAAGCGGCAUGAAACCUAGGUGAAAAGGCUAGAGAAAUGAUUUGAUUAUCACAAAUAUAAACUUACGUUGUAGAGCUCUUACUCAGGAAAUCAAUGCCUAAAAUGUCUGCGUCACUCUACGGAGUACUACAGAGUACUAUGUCAAUGACAUCCAAAGUCAUAUCAAUGCCAAGGCCAUUAGACUGAUCAGAAUUAACAACAAACCCAAAGAGUAAUGCCACAUCCAAUGCAUAAGAAAAAUAAAUUUAGGCUGCUGGAUUAAGAUGUCAAAGCCACAACAGUCUAUUGCAAGUGUUUAAAAAGACAAAAUAACAUCUUCUUCUCCCUAUCAGUAUUCUACUACAUUUAUAAUCCAAAACCAAUUGCCACAAAUUAAAAGCCCUUACCAUUAGUUUGAUCAAACCCAAGACUGCCCAACCGAGGACUUUCCAUGUGGCACCACCAUCAGAAUAAUUUUCUCUAACUUGCAAAUAGAAGUUAGAAUAGGGCCUUACCAUUAGUUUUAGGGCUGUAUAAAAAGACAAUGUACCAACAUCUUCUUCUCCUUAUCAACACCCUAACUCAAUAGCUCCACGCCUGCACUAAUAUAAAAUCACAUACCUCUUUUCUCUUCUAAUAUUUUGUUUUCACCUCUCGAAAAGGAUGUGUAGACCAUCAAUAUAUUUUAAAUUAUGAAUAUUGUAGCCACAGAUAAAAUUUAAGUAUUUAGCCUAUUUUUCUUAUAAAGCUGCAAGUGACAAACAUUCUUUCAUCAAAUGUAUAUAGACCCUAGAAUUUUCUGCCAAAUCAAAUUCUUAAGAACACACAUUUCAUUUCUUAUAAUCCAAAGUGUAGGACAAAAUGAAAGAAAAAUAAUUCAAACAUGUGUCUGUCCUCCAACUCUAAGUCAAUCUUCCUAAUCUUCCUCCAAUCAAGACCCUUUUGUUUCAAUUGAACCCUGGAAUUCAAGCAUCUCUAAUUGCUUAAUCUAAUUUAUGGCCAUCAUGCAAUGGAUUCAUUACACCAAUCUGCAAGAAAAUUAAUAAAAGAGGUGCAGUUUU